ACUGCCUACUUGUCAAGGCUAAUUUUAUAGCUGAAGUACAAGGUGUUACUUCAACUGGAGACAAGUUUCACUUAUUUUUUAUGCAUACGGAUACUAUAUGGUGGUUAUUUGUACUUUGACAUCAGAGUGCGCGAAAAUGUUGCUGCUGAACUCGUAGGGCAUAUGCAUAUUUUACCGUGUAUGUGUGAGUGCCGCCUCUUCAGUGACAGCACAGCAACCUGAACAGUAGCCCUGAGCCUUAUUCACUUUCAUGAUCGUGAUACCCAUAUAUCACUGUCAGUGGGCUUGCUUAUUCAUACAGAAACAAAAAAAAAAUCAAAUACACUAUGAAGCAAUAAGAACAUUGCAUUUUCUUAUGUCAAAUAUACACACAGACUUGUCAAAAUUGUAAAAUCCAUGUAAUUCAUGCUCAGGCCUAAUAUUUACUUUCUACAACUGAUGACUUCACAAACAUAAUGGAUACAGAUUUGUCUGCAAGCGGAGGAGGGGAAUCGCAGUCGUACAUUAAUGAAGAUUUUCCCUCUGAUGGAAAUGGAGAUGGCAACCUCUUUGAGAGUACAGAGGAGCCUGAAUUUGAGUUUGACGAGAGUGGUUUAGAACUGGCUGCAGAUGAUGACUUAGCAAGAGAGAAUUCAGAUGGCAGUGCCUUCCAGAGUGGCUCUAUAACUCCUGAUGGACUCAUUGAUGAGGAUUUUGAAAAAGAAUUAGGAACACCAUCUGAUGCAGAGGAGGAAGAUGAAGGAGAGUUUCAGGAUGUAGCCCAACACAAUAUACUAGAAGUUGCAGGAGAUGAUGUUUAUGGUAGAAAAGUGAUCAUCUUUUCCUCAUGUAAGCUCCCAUCCAGUGAAAAGUUAGAUCACCAACGACUCUUCCUAUACUUAAAACAUACAUUGGACCAAUAUGUGGAGAACGAUUAUGUGAUCGUUUAUUUCCACUAUGGAUUGACCAGCAAGAACAAACCAAAGCUGUCAUGGCUGCUGCAAGUGUACCGAGAAUUAGACAGGAAAUACAAGAAGAAUCUGAAAGCUUUGUAUCUGGUACACCCAACCAGAUUUAUAAAGAUUCUCUGGAAUGUCUUCAAGCCGUUUAUCAGUGCCAAGUUCGGGCGUAAGGUGAUGUAUGUGAACUACCUACAUGAAUUGAAAGAACACUUACACUUUGACCAGCUGGUAGUACCUGAACCUGUUCUGCAGUAUGAUGCUAAACAGGUGAAGUCCAACAAGCCUCCUUACCCCUACUCAAAAGAUGGGACAGAUGCUGUGUCUCGGGCAAAUAAAACACAGCAGUUUGGGGUUACACUCAAUCAUGUGCGGCAAAAUUACAAAUGUGUAAUACCUCCAGUGGUGGAGAUUACUGUGGAAUACCUCAGGGCUAAUGCAUUAGAUGUUGAAGGCAUUUUCCGGAGAUCUGCAAAUGCUCGCACUUUAAAAGAAGUCCAGAAAAAAUUUAAUCAAGGUCUGCCUGUGGAUUUCAAUACUGAAGGAGAUGUUCAUAUUGCAGCUGUUAUCCUUAAAACUUUCCUUAGGGAGCUACAGGAACCCCUCCUGACCUUUGACCUGUACCAGCCAAUCGUCCGUCUUCACAAUCAGGAUGAAGAACGCCAAAUGGUAGAAGUUCAGAGGAUAUUGAGGGAGGAACUCCCAGAGGAUAAUUAUAUCAUUUUGAAAUACAUCCUCCAGUUUCUGACAGAGAUUGUAGACCAUUCUGAGGAGAAUAAAAUGACGUCCAUGAACCUGUCCAUUGUGUUUGGGCCAAACCUUUUAUGGCCAAAGGGUCAAGCUUCACUGUCUGCUAUGGGCUAUCUAAACAACUUCACCAAGUACCUUAUAGACCACUACCGAGAGCUGUUUGAGAGCUGACUGAGGGGGCAGGACUGACACACCUUUGACUCUUUCUACAAACUUUCUGACUGUGCAGGUUUCUGAAGCUGUUUGUUUUUGUGAUCACAUGUUAACACUGUUUAACAAUAAUGUGGAUAUGUUUUAGAAAUGUAUGAUUUCUUCAGGUAUAAAUAACAUUACUUGUAAAAGCAUGGUAUGGGGUAUCGGUUAAGUUCAAUAUGAUAUUAAAGCUCUGUUGAAUCAGGAAGUGUGUAUAGCAUAAUGAUCAAGCUUGAUAUUAAAUACCUAUCGCAAAUUGUAAUAGAUGAUGUGAAUACACAUUAUAAGAUGUACUGUUUAGUCUGUUUUGAUGCUAUAGUCUUUUCUGCAACUUUAUCUCAUAUAACUGGAACAAUUCCUGGAUUUAGCUUUCUUUUCAAAAUGAACAUUUUUGUUUUCUAAUUCAUUCCAAGACAUUGAUAUCAAUGUAUGUAAAGAAAACAUUGUUAUUGUCCUAAAAUAUACAGCAUGUAUUUUGACGAGGGUGUAGAAAAACAAAAAUGGCUUGCCCAAGCCAAUGUACCGCUUAUACUCUAAGACACCGACUAUGUCUGUCUAUUUAUCCUGCCACAUUGAUUGAAAAUUCAGACUUUUGAAAUUUCAACAGUUUGUAACUUCAAGAGUAUGUUGAUCAAUCUCUGUUUACCUGCUGUUGAUGUUACACCAAGUUUUCUCUGAUUACACACACCAAAUUAACUGAUCUGCUUAUAAUUCCAAAUUAACAGCAAUUUUAUUAAUUUGUUUCAAUAAACUUGUUAAUUACAACAAAUAAAAAAAUUCUUUCAACAGAUGUGAAUAUUUUGAAAUUUGUGGUUAGGAAAAUCAUAUAAAGUAAUUCUGCUGAAUACAGCAAAAAAAAAAAAAAAAUCUGGCAGGUGUAUUCUGACAAUAGCAGUCGCAGGAUAAAAAUGUAUCUUGAUGUCAUUAUGUAACAUGUUCAACACAUUGACUUUCCAUUCUUUGUCACAGCAUGGACAAUUUGAUUAUUUAUUGCUUGGUUUCACCUGCAUUGGAGUAUUUAGAACAAUUAUAUGUUAUUAUAUUAUUUGUUAUACACUUUUGUAUUGUAAUUUUAUUAUUAAGUCAUUUAAUAUGUUAAAUUUCUAUAGUUUUUGUAGUGUUGUGGUGUGCAAUGUGUAAAUCAUGGCCAAAUAUACUGAUGGAUAUGUACACAUACGUGCCAAAGGUGACAAGGCUACAGGUAUGGACUGGGUUUGUCACGUCAGGCUGGUCAAUGCUGAAGACCCCACUCUGAAACUUACAUUCCAAAACUUUUCUAAAAAAAACUUUGUGAUUGCUGGACCCAUUGUAUUUAUAAUUCAUCAUACAAGAUGGUCUGGUCAAGGUCACUCAUGUACAAACUACAAUUAGGAUGCAGCACAAAUAAUGUACAGUACACUAUCUCACUUUGUUCUACAAUUCACAUUUUAGAAUGUUAGUCUAAUCAAUUAAAUUAAGAUAUCUGAAAUCAUGAGUUUUUUAACAUUUCAUCAUGUGUUCAAAUUGAAGAAAAGAAAAAAAAAGAAAUAGAAAUAUUUUGUGACAAACUUCACUCUUAUGUUUGCCUUUUGAAGAUUCUCCCAACAGUUUUAGCUUGCUUUCAUUUCUGGAUUUGAGAUUACCUAUGACCUUAUCAGGGAUGCCUUGCUGUAGGUCCUAGAUUUGAGUCUACCAGUGUUUUAAUCUUAGGUGCCGCCCUUCAGUUAAAUCCUGAAUUUGAGACUGCAUAUGUCAAAAUUUGGAGUACCUUGGUUUAAGUCCUUGAUUUAUAAGGCUACUGAUGCCCUGUCUAUAGGUGCUUGGCUGUAGGCCCAGGGGUUCGAAUGUACUUAUAUUCUGAUUUGCAUGGCUAUUAGUUCUGGAUUGAGACUGCCUUUCUGGAUUUUGGGUUGACUGUGUCCUAUUUAGAGGUACCAGUCUGUAAGUCCUGGACUUCAGGCUACCUUUGUCCUUAUUAGAGGUGCCUUGGCUGUAGGUUCUGGCAAUGAGAUCAUUUAUGUCCCACUGUAGGUCUUGGAUUUGAGGCUCCUAAUGUCCUAAUUAGAGGUGUCCCACUGUAGGUCUUGAAUUUGAGGCUCCUUAUGUCCUAAUUAGAGGUGUCCCACUGUAGGUCUUUGAUUAGAGGCUCCUUAUGUCCUAAUUAGAGGUGUCCCACUGUAGGUCUUGAAUUUGAGGCUCCUUAUGUCCUAAUUAGAGGUGUCCCACUGUAGGUCUUUGAUUAGAGGCUCCUUAUGUCCUAAUUAGAGGUGUCCCACUGUAGGUCUUGGAUUUGAGGCUCCUUAUGUCCUAAUUAGAUGCACCUGACUGUAGGUCCUAGAUUUGGCUUUACUGGAGGUCGUAAAAUUGAGACUAUUUAAGUCCUUUAGAGGUGACCAGCUGUAAGUCCUUGAUUUGAGACUGCCUGUGUUCUAAUUUUAGGUUCUCUGUCCUGUAGGACCUUGAUUUAGGGCUCCCUAUGUCCUAAUUUAUGGUACCUGGCUGUAGGUCCUAUAUGUCCUAAUUUUUGAGUGCAAGGCUGUAGGUCCUAUAUGUCCUAAUUUUUGAGUGAAAGGCUGUAGGUCCUGGAUUUCAGACUCGCUUUGUCUUAAUUUGUGGUGCCUGGCUGUAGAUCCUGGAUUUGGGGCUCCAUAUGUCCUAAGGUUUGAGACUACAAGGGUUAUCAAAACUGUAUAAUGGUUUAUGAUAUAAAUUGCCUGUUCUUCUUCUAUUUCCUCAUAAUACCUGUAUAGUCAGUUGUGUCAGUCCCCCUCUCCCAAAUACUGAGCGCAUCAGUUGUUGAUUUUUAUAGAACUUCCUAUAAACUCUGUUGGUUCUCUACAUUGAUUUGUUAAUACAUUAUGUAUUUAUGUAAAAUAUUUAUCUGUGUUAACAGAUUCAUCUGUGUAAGGUUUGAGUGUUGUUAUAGGUAAACUAUAACUGUACCUGUUUAAUUAGAAUAUGGUUCAUAUCAAUGUUACUCUUUACAUUGUAGUGUGCUUCCAUAGACAAUGUAAUGUAGUCAUUUGUUAAUACAAAAGACCCCCUAAGGGGGAAAUUUAGAAAUGAA